CGAUGAGAACUUUUCUAAACUAAAAAAUGAAAAUCGUAUCAGUUCUUUGAUACAUUUAAUAUGGGUUAGCAUCACAAAACAUAUUAGUUCCUUAUAUAUUGAGUCAAAGACUGAUAUUCAUGAAUCAGCGAACUAAUAUUGAGUCUAUAACUAAUAUUAAUGUAUUUACUUGUCCUCACUUUAAGAAAAGUUCUGAAAUGAAUCAUCUCCGAAAUUUGGUAUCCCUAGAAUUAUUCAUAAUUGUGACAAAAUAGGAACCUAACCUGACCAUAGUUGGUUGGAAGAUUUUGUCCUUUGCAUAGUUGGUUGAUUUAUGAAUGUUUAAAAGAUAAUGGUAAUGACAAAACUGGUCGGCUGCCAAAACACUUUCUAACUCUUGCAUUGGUGCUCUGUUGUCAUUUAUCUGUGAUAUUUUUUGCCUAUUAAUGAGUUGUGAGAGAGAGGGAGAAUCAUAGUUGAAGAAGUGUAAUCUAUGAGUGAGGGAAACACUGCCUCCGCCACCACAGGCGCUCCUCCUUUCUAUGAAGUGGAGGAGUGCCGCGGCGUUCUUCGAGUCUACAGCGACGGCUCCAUAUGGCGCUCCGAAAACCCGAGCUUCCACGUGGAUGUGCGAGACGACGGCUCCGUGCUAUGGAAGGAUGUCGUCUUCGACCACGCGCACAACCUCCAGCUCCGCCUCUACAAGCCGGCUAACCCGUCCUCGCCCAAGCUCCCGAUCUUCUACUACAUCCACGGCGGCGGCUUCUGCAUCGGCUCCCGGACAUGGCCCAAUUGCCAGAACUACUGCUUCGGGCUGGCUUCCCAGCUCCAGGCCCUAGUCGUCGCACCCGACUAUCGGCUGGCCCCCGAGAACCGGCUCCCUGCGGCCAUCGAGGACGGCUACUCGUCCCUGGAGUGGCUCCGGGGCCAAGCCACGGCUGAGGAGCCGGAUAGAUGGCUCACGGACGUGGCGGACUUCAGCCGCGUGUUCAUCUCGGGUGACUCAGCCGGUGGGAACAUUGCGCACCACUUAGCCGUUCGGGUUGGAGCCGAGUUAGGGUGGCUGGGUCCUGUCCAAGUGAGAGGAUAUGUGUAUUUGGCUCCAUUUUUUGGUGGGACUGUGAGGACUGAGUUUGAGGCUAAUGGACCAAAGGAUGCAUUCCUUAACCUUGAGCUCAUUGACAGGUUUUGGAGAUUGUCAAUCCCAGUUGGAGAAACAACAGACCAUCCACUAGUGAAUCCUUUUGGGCCUAGCAGCCCAAAUCUUGAAACAAUGGAUUUGGGCCCAAUUCUGUUAAUUGUUGGGAGCUGCGAUCUGCUGCGGGAUAGAGCAGUGGAGUAUGCUAAUAGGCUAAAGAAAUGGGGAAAGAAGAUUGAAUAUGCGGAGUUUGAAGGGCAGCAACAUGGUUUCUUCACCAUCGACCCUUUCUCAGACCCGUCUCAGCAACUAAUGCUCCUUAUCAACAAAUUCAUUGCACACAAUUCUCUCUAGUCACUUAUUUCCUAUGUCUUUCUUCUAUCACUUUGUUGUGUGAUUUGAGUUUUUACUUUUUGAGCUUUGUAAAAGAUUUGAUGUUGCAUUGUUUAACGUGAUAAAUGAAACUAUGUUUCAAUUC